AUGGCACCCCUUGAUUUUGAUGCUCUCAAAGAGUUGCACAAUUCUGCAAAUAACCUUCUUCAUUCUCCAAUGGUCCAACAAGUUAUUAUCCAUCAAAGAGAAGAAAAAUGGGUUAACGAUGUGUCAGAGUCAUCUCUUCGAAUGUUGGAGGUAUGUGGUAUCUCCAAAGAUGUUCUUUUGCUAGUGAAAGAACACCUUCAAGAACUUCAAUUUACUUUGCGUAGAGCAAGCAUUGGUGAGGCAGGAAUUGAGGAAAAAAUCACAGCCUACAAUUGCUAUAGGAAGAAGUUGAAGAAAGAAACAUUGAAGUGUUUGAAGUGGUUGAAGGGUAUGAAGUGUCAAACAGUCACUACGCACACUCCAAUGAAGGAGCAAAAACUAGUGUUGGUUGUUGAUGUUCUACGAGAAGUAAGGAUGACCAGUAUUUCCAUUGUGGAAUCACUGCUGUCUCUUAUUUCCUCACCCUGGUUGGAUUCAAAACCAGGGAAAAGGUCUUUCACAUCAAAGCUUGUGCGUCUUAGUUUGCAAAAUUCAGAUGAUGUCUAUGAUGCUAUGGUGCUUCAAAGUGCAAACAAAAGGUUAGCAGGGGUUCAAAUGGCAAUAGAAAAUCUUGAGGUUGAGUUGGAGUGCAUGUUCAGACGUUUGAUCCACACAAGAGUUCUGCUUCUUAACAUACUAACCAACUAG